UACCACUGAACGUUGCCACUUAUGUUGAACAGAGAGAGUAGAUCGUAACGGAAUGGAGAAAAUGUUUUGAUCAUCGAUUCCCACGUAUGUCCUUUUCGACCGAACUGAUUUGCCUUGUAAACAAUUAAUUCAAUUUUUAUAAAUUUACCUUCAACUGCAAAUAUAUACAUUUAAAACUUGUGAACAGACUUGCUAAACUGGACUCUCUCAAACGGUUCUUUCUUUUAACAAAAUUCUUCUACCUGAUAAGCGACAUCCAAAAACGUUUUUCUGUCCCUUUUGACUUUUCAUUUCUUUUACCUGACUAUUGUGAAAAACUGCUAUGUCAUGCAUUCUUGGAAGGAUCUAAACCAUUCUUAUUUGAAAAUUUGUCAAUCUGCAUCGCUACCUGCUACUUGUUCAGUGGUAUUCGGUGGUUUGUGCAAAGCACGGCCAUUCUAUUUGGAGCAGUCAUCGUGGUAUCACCGUGACAAAGGACUCGUAGAAGAAAAUUGCAUAACAACAUUGAACACAUCAAGAAAAAGAACAGCACAUUCUUUCUUCGGAUAUUAGCAGGUGUUAUAUGUCAUCAAGUUACUUCUAGCGUAAGCGGAAAUUAUUGCAAACUGCAAUAUCUGUGCCACGUUACAAGAUAAAUAACGACACGCAUUAUGUGCGUUAUACAAAUUCUGAUUUCGAUUAUUCCUGUAUGGAUUUAUCUCGAGUUCAUGAACAAGCAAAUCUCACAUUACCUGGGUUUAGAUAUACCGUUUAUCCUAAAGCGUUGGUGGGCUUUAUGGUGCAUCUCGAAGAAGGAGAAAACAAGAAAAAGUAAAUUCAAGGACAGCGAUGUUAUAUUAAAUAUAAAGAAGAUCUUGGAACCAUGCUCGGAUAAUCCAAAAAUUAUUAUGAACGAGAAUAGUUGUGAUAGUGUGUCUUUCUAUGGUGCUGAUCAAAAAGGUAAUUCGUUGUUUGUUAAAAUGACUCACAGAGGGUAUCACAAAAUAGAAUUGAUCUUGCAAGUGAUCUUAUCGGAUGGCCGAGUCUACGUGCUGCCCGAUUGUUCUGAUACAAUUACAAUAGGAGAUAUAAGCCAAAAAUGGUCAGCAUCUGGUCUAAAGAUUGAAUCCUUAGAACCACGACAACGUUGGAGAAUUACAUACAAUGGUUUCCUCCGAAACCAAUGCCGAGGAAAUACAUCCAAUAAUGACAACGUGGAACAUAUUCGUCUAAAUUUUAUAUUUAUUGGCAAACCGCGAUCAUUAGAAUGGCCAGGUGACUGGAGUACCUAUUUGCACGCGGAUGCUUUAGCACGUGAACCGUGGAAAAAUUCUGAUUGGAUGCACAAACAACUUCAAUUAAUAGAUGACACCGGUUUCGAUUUAUGGGGAUCCAUUAUCGGACAGAUAACGUUUAAAGAUUCAAAUACAAGUGAAUUUUAUUUACGAGGAUUCUGUCAGCGACGUUGGGGUAAACAUGAAUCUUAUCAAUUUCAUAAAACUAUCACAAUUGUUGGUGUAACACAACAUGGAGCUAUGUAUUAUCUUGGUGUGAGCAAUACCAAACAUAGCUUUUCACACAUGCAGUUUGGACACCUCCAGGAAGCCGGAGGGAUGAUAACUAAAAUUGAUUGGACCGAUCUACAAUUGAGCGACUUUGAGAAAGAAGAUACAUUUCCCAUAAACAAGAUUGCAUUUACAGCAGCUGGAAAACAAUACAGCUCCGUAAUCAACAAUUACUUCGUGGGCAACGCAAUAACUUAUUACAAUGACCAGCAAUGGGCUUGUACAACUCGUAAUUUGCGUGUACAAUUAAACGGCAGUACAGGUGUUGGAUUGAUGAUUACAUGCUGUCCAUAUACUGGACCGAAGCAAAUACAAACUUCGAUCGCGAAAAUUCAACGUAUAAUAUGGCCCGACACAUUUGCGCAAAAAGAUAAAUACAUUCUACGUUUUGAUGAUAAACAAUGCCAAAAUGAAAGUGUCGUAGGAGGGAAAGGAUAUUCUCUUGCAAUUCUGACAUCUAUCGACACCGAUGACUUUGCAGUACCUCCAGGCUUUUGCGUAACGAGUUUCGCUUUGGAACGACAAUUGCAACAUCAUAAACAAUUGCAAAACUUAAUCAAUGAUAUAAUAGACAUUAGUUGUUGCAAAAAAAAAGAGGACCUCGAAAGUUGCUGUCAAAAGGCGGUAUCCAUUAUUCAGGGUACUCCUGUUGAAAAAGAAAUUGCAAAAAUGAUAUUACAGGGUUUGGAGGAAUUAGAAUCAUUUGUAAAUGAAAAAAGUGUUUGGCGUUAUGCCGUAAGAUCCAGCGCAAUUGGAGAAGAUAGCGAAGAGACUUCAGCUGCUGGUCAAAACUCGACAUAUUUAGGCGUGAAGAAUACGAGUGACGUUAUUGAAUGCGUUGCCAAAUGCUGGGCAAGUCUGUUCUCGUAUCAAAGCGUCGAGUACAGGCGACAAAAUGGAUUACCGAUAAGAGCUUCUAUGGGCGUUUGCGUUCAAAGAAUGGUCGACGCGGAAGCGGCUGGUGUCAUGUUUACUAGACAUCCGACAACUGGAGAUCCAUCCAGCAUUGUUAUUACAGCCAAUUAUGGCUUAGGAGAGACGGUAGUGUCAGGGAAGGUCGAGCCUGAUACCUUUAUGAUUAAUAGAAAGUGGGAUAACACUCUAACUAUAGAUUCCUCAGUACUAGGAAAUAAGGAGCACAAGAUCUUACUUGAUGAUAGUAAUGGCGUAAUUACAAGCGCUCUAAGUGAACAGGAGAUUAAAAAGAUUUCGAUAUCCGAUACAUCCGCUCUGCGAUUAGCUAAAAUAGGAUUGCACUUGGAAUCAUUUUUUGGGUCAGCUCGAGAUGUGGAAUGGGCGAUUGUCGACGAGCAGAUUUAUAUGUUACAAGCACGGCCUAUCACAACCAUUAAUGCAUGGACAGAUUUCGAGAUAAUGCACGAGUUAGACUCAGGAGUACCCAGCGAUGUUGAUCUUAUGACCUUUGCCAAUAUCGGGGAAGUGCUUCCAUAUCCCAUAAGUCCUCUGUCAAUCUCUACAAUUAUAAAAGUUUUGAAUUUAUCGCUUUGCGCGAAAUUCGACAAGUUUGACUGUUGUUAUCUUCAUAUGAUCGGUAUGAGAUGCACAAUGAAUUACUUGGAUUCGACUUUACAAGAUGUUAAUAAGGAAAUGACAAUGAUGAACAAAAUGAUAGAUUUAGCCAUAUGCGGACGUGUAGUAACGACACCUGAAGUACACGCGGCAGCAAUAGAGAAAUACGGUAUCGUAAACAAAUGGCGAAGAUUAUAUGUAAUGUACGAGACAUUCAUAACAGCAUGGACAAAUGACGCGUUAGUGAAAAAAACGAUCAACAUAUUUAACGAGUACACUCUGGACGCUAACGAAUUUGAUACACCUCAUGAUUUAUACAAUACCUUAAAUGAGAAAUAUGGGGAAAUCUUUCUGUUAGGAAAAGGUCAUAACUUGGCAUCUCUAGUGAGCGUAUCUUACCAGAUGAUGGCGAUGUCGCUUUUAACAAAUGGAAGUGAUAACUUUACGUCCGAGCAUCUUGCGGACAUUGCUGUACUGCUGAGUUCGUGCACCAAUGUUAUCAGUACCGAAGUGCCGAUAGCCCUUGGUAAAAUAGCGGCGUGCAUAAGAAAGAGCGGCAAAGCGGAUGAAUUUAGUAAGCUCAAGAUCGCGGAAGUUAUGACCUGGUUAGAGUUGAAUUGCCCUCCGGCUGCGGAAAAAUUACAACUUUUUUUCAAAAUGCAUGGUCACAGAUGUGUUCACGAAUUAGAUUUCUUCACAGAACCUUGGGUGCUUAAACCUGAUAAUAUCAUCAAUACGAUUCAGGUACUAGCAAUGUCCAUUGAAGAGAAUUACGUGAGUAAAACGCUUAACGUGGAAGAAACCUUAACAUCUUUGAAGACGUCCACAUCAUCGAUUAUCAAGUAUUUUCUGCGGAAAAUAAUACCAUUGUGUCGAAAAGCUGUCACGCUCAGAGAAAUGACGAAAAACGUAACUAUAUUUGCUACGCAUAUAUUGAGAUUAGCUUAUAGACGACUUGGUGUUUUGAUGGUUACGGAAAGUUACAUACCCGAUGAACAGCUCAUAUUUUUCCUGACGCAUCAAGAGAUCGGACAACUAUUGAAUAAUCAUAAUCAAUCACUCGUACGCAAAGCGUUACGUAGAAGAAAGAUUUAUCAGAAAGUAGCAAAAUUUGAAUAUCCGGAAUUCAGUACUGGCAUGCCAGUGCCAAUAGAGCCGACCUUCGAUAUCUCAUCCUACGAAGGAUGUACAAAGAUUGAGGGUACUUCAGUUUGUGGCGGUUCUGUACUAGGCAGAGCGUGCGUGAUAACCGAUCUGUCCGAAGCAAAAAUUAUACAGCAUGGAGAUAUUUUAAUUACACACUGCACCGAUAUCGGUUGGAGUCCAUAUUUUCCGUUAUUAGCUGGAAUCGUAACAGAAUUGGGUGGUUUAAUAAGUCAUGGCGCCGUUGUGGCAAGAGAGUACGGUCUUCCUUGCAUCGUUGGUGCAAAAGGCGCAACCCAAGUUUUUCAAACGAGUGACACUGUAUUAUUAGCUGGAGACGUUGGAACGUUACAACUGAUUGAAAAAGCCUAAUUUCUCUAAUUUGAUUUUAUGUGGAUAUCAUUCAAUGUGUGACAAAUAUUUUUUGAAACUGAUUAAUUUCCA